AUCUACCAUUCGAAAUCUCCGCCUUUGGCACGAAUUCUCACAAUGGGAAAAGGACGUCGAAUGAAGAAGCAAGGCCCGCCGCCGCCAUUGGACGAGUCUCUAGUCACUAGAAAACGCAAAGAUGCACCGCCCGCACCCGUCGAACAGCGCGCUGGGAAGAAGAGGAGGACGGAGGUUAAGGCACCGAAGAAGAAGAAUGCUGCAAAGCCUGUGAAGAAGUUUGUUCCUCCACCGCCUACCCACGACGAGAUUUCGAGCGACGAUGCCUCCGACGACGACGCCGACGGUAUAGACGACCCUGACGUUAUGGAAGAUGGAUUGGAUGGAGUCAAUAUCACCGGCCUGGAUGCACUAGGCAGCGCAUCAGAGUCAGAAGAGCUGGAAGAGCUGGAAGACGACGAUGAGUUCGGAGAGUCCGGCUCAGAUGUCAUGGAUUCGGACACAGAGGUUCGGAAAACGGGCAUGUGGUCAGACGACGAAGAUGCGGACGACAUCGAGGAGAAGCUCACGGCUGCAAACAUCGAGGGUCUAUCCAGGAAGCUGGAUAUGCAGCGGGCGAUUGAAGAGGCCGAAGCACAAGCGGAGCUGGAAGAAGCACAGCUACAGACGAAUAUCGCGGGCGAAAGACCGAAGGUGCUCGAAGACGAUGACGACGAAGGUCGACCUAUAACGAACCUCGCGACGCAGGAUCUCCAACUUCUCCGGACACGGCUGAAUGAUACGGUGCGCGUUCUUGACGACUUCAAAAAUCUUGCGGAAGAAGGCAGAUCAAGAGCGGAAUAUCGAGCUCAAAUGUUGAAGGAUGUGUGCGCAUAUUAUGGAUACUCCGAGUUCCUGGCCGACAAGCUCAUGGAUCUUUUCCCCGCGCGGGAAGCGUUCGCUUUCUUCGAAGCUAACGAAACUCCUCGGCCGAUCGUCAUACGUACCAAUACCCUAAGGACGCAUAGGAGAGAAUUGGCACAGGCUCUGAUCAAUCGUGGUGUACAACUAGAGCCGGUGGGGAAGUGGUCAAAAGUUGGCCUCCAGAUCUUUGAAUCCCAGGUCCCGCUUGGUGCCACUCCCGAAUACCUUGCCGGUCACUACAUCCUCCAAGCCGCUUCCUCCUUUCUUCCUGUCAUGGCCCUUGCUCCUCAGGAGAAUGAGCGUGUCCUUGACAUGGCCGCCGCUCCAGGCGGCAAAACUACUCAUAUCUCGGCGUUAAUGAAGAAUACGGGCUGCAUCUUUGCCAAUGAUGCGAACAAAGACCGUGCACGCGGUCUGAUAGGAAACGUGCAUCGUCUUGGCUGUCGAAAUGUGAUUGUGAGCAACUACAGCGCCCUAGAGUUCCCGAAGGUAAUGGGUGGCUUUGAUCGAGUAUUACUAGACGCACCCUGCUCUGGAACCGGUGUCAUUGCCAAAGAUGCAAGCGUUAAGACGAAUAAGACACGAGAGGACUUUAUGAAGCUCCCACAUUUACAGAAGCAACUCAUCCUUGCCGCAAUCGACUCCGUGGACCACCACAGUAAAACUGGGGGUUACAUAGUGUACUCGACAUGCUCAGUCACAGUGGAAGAAAACGAACAAGUGGUUCAGUACGCGUUGAAUAAGCGCCCCGUAAAAUUGGUGGAGACGGGUUUGCAGUUCGGAAAAGAAGGCUUCACAAGUAUAGCGGGCAAGAGAUUCCACCCCUCCAUGAAGCUAACGCGGCGGUACUAUCCUCAUACAUAUAACGUCGACGGCUUUUUCGUUGCCAAGUUUAAGAAGACGGGCCCAACACCGGCCAACGCUGUCGGCGUCAGCCACGCUAACGCGAACGGCAAAGCUGCUGCGGACAAGGCUGCCCAGGAGGAGGUCGUGGAUAAGACACCACUAGUUGAAGAUGAAGAGAAAGAAGACUCGGACUUUGGGGGCUGGGACUCGGAGGAGGACAAGCAGUACAUGGAGCGCGCCGAGAGAGCGCAGUUACGCCGGAGAGGCAAGGAUCCUAAGGCGGUUCUUGGGAAAGAGAUGGCCAAGCAGGGCCAGAACGGCGCCUCCAAGAAGGCUGAAAAGUCGGACGCAAAAUCUAAGGGUGGACUAUCCAAGAAGGCGGUCUCAGAGGCCAAGGCAAAUGGUGCUAGCGGGAAGUCGAGCGGGGCGGAGUCGAAGCCACUAAAGAAGAGUGGAGGGCGGAAGGGGAGAGCAAGGUAGUCUAGAUGCUGCGACAGAUCGGUGUGGUAGCUGCACAGGCAAGUCGUCCAUCAUGGAUCAACUAUUGUCAAAUUCUGAGGUUUCGCCUCAUGUCUAGACUUAGGGACAUCCACGCAACGAGCCACUCUUGUAAGCUUGGAACUUAGUUCUAAGAUCUAGACUCUGGAUCGAGCCGAAAAUGGUGAGGAUUCCGGCACCGCUGGUCUGGGAAGCUGAACCCAGGUGCUCGCGUGUCAAUGUUACGUGUUACACAACCUCGUCCUUGUGUACCGUCUGCCGCGCCCGACACUGAGGCAAGUGCAGCCGC